GGCGCUUCGCCCGGGCGCGCCCUGUCGCCGCCCGGCCGGUUAACCCCGCGUGCACAGCUCACCGCCCUCGCGGUCGCGGCCGCGGGGGGCGCGUCAAGACCCUUCCGAUACGGGACGCGACGAUCGCCGCCGCCGCCGCCGCCGGGGGAAUGGACGUGACGUUCGCGACGCCGCGGGGCCGGGAGUUCACCCUCGAGGUGUGGUACUUCGCGACGGUGCGGGAGGUGAAGGAGGCGGUCGGCGCGCGCGAGGGCGUCCCCGUGGCCUCCCAGCGCCUCUUCCUCGGCGGGCGGGAGCUCGACGACGACGCGCGCGACGCCGCGCACUACGGCGUCCUCCAGGGAUCCCGCCUCCUCCUCCUCCUCCCCGACGACCCGCCGCCGCCCUCCGCACCCGCGGCCGUCCGCGUCGCCGUCUCGGCCCCCGCUAUCGGCCGCGGCGUCGCGCUCGACCUCCGCGCUCCCGACACCGUGGCGCGCCUCAAGGAGCUCCUCCAGGACCGCACCGACGGCGCGCUGCCCGCGGCGAGGACGGCGCUCUUCGUCGGCAAGGCGGAGAUGGAGGACGCCAAGGCGCUGGCGGACUACGACCCUCCGGCGGACGGUGCGAUGGAGGUGUGCGCCGUCGUGCGCCAGCCCCCCGCAGCGGUGGGCGGCGGCAACGGGGCCAGGAACAACCAGCAGCGGAUCGCCGUGAAGGUGAAGUUCGGCGCGAGGGCGGUGGCGCUGGAGGUGGGCGCCACGGACGUGGUCCGGGACCUGCGCAAGGAGGUGGAGAGGCUGCGCCUCCCCGUGCGCGACGGCGGCGGCGGAUACUUCUUCGUGUACAAGCAGAACGUCAUGGACGAGGACCGCACCCUGCGGUGGCACGAGGUCAAGAACGGCGACACGAUCGAGAUCUUCAACGGCACCGUCACCGGCGGCGCCUGACGGGAUGCGAUCAGAUCGUGGAGGUCUAGCACGUUCCGGGUGACCUGUCUUCAGUUCCGAUUUGGCUCGUCUUCAGUGCAUUGCUGACAGUGAUGGAACAAUGCGGUACAAUAGUAGUAUUUUUUUAUCUCAGAAAAGAGUGUAAUACUGCACAUAAAGCAUGUAAUCGUACCCUGCUCCAUAGGAGUAUCUGUUAAAUGGUGUUC